GGCUUAGGCCGAGGGAGGCCGCAGUCUCCGCAGCUUGGCCGCCGCCACCUUGUCCCCGCUGUCCUUGGCCGACCCGCCCGGGGGCACGGUGCCCUCUGGCCCCGGCGGAGGACACAGGUGAGCAGCAGCUGCGGCAGCGGGCUCCCAGGAGGAGGUGCCCGAGCCCCGGGGGGUGGGGCAGCCAGGUGCUCCUCCCGCCGAGAUCCGUUCCAUCCCGGCUCCAGCAACCACACCCUCCCUCUGACCUGGCCCCUUGAACCCGAAUCCAGCCAUGGCCCGAGGAGACGCUCCAGAGGAUGGCUACCACCUGGUCGGGACCAGCUUCUUUAUCCUUGGUUUGGGGACACUGCUGCCCUGGAACUUCUUUAUCACUGCCAUUCCGUACUUUCAGGCUCGGCUGGCCAUUGCCAAUGUCACAGGGGAGCCCUCUGAGGGCAACAUCACAAGCCCUGGGGAUGCAUUCAACUUCAACAACUGGAUGACUCUUCUGUCCCAGCUGCCGCUGCUACUCUUCACUCUCCUCAACUCUUUCCUUUACCAGUGCAUCCCAGAGAUGGUGCGCAUCCUCGGCAGCCUCCUGGGCAUCCUGAUGCUCUUCAUCUUGACUGCCGCACUGGUCAAAGUGGACAUGAGCCCUGAGCUCUUCUUCUCUAUCACCAUGGCCUCCAUCUGGUUCAUCAAUUCUUUCUGCGCCAUCCUCCAGGGCAGUCUCUUUGGGCAGCUGGGGGCCAUGCCACCUACCUACAGCACCCUUUUCCUCAGUGGCCAAGGCUUAGCGGGGACCUUUGCUGCUCUUGCCAUGCUGAUGUCCAUGGCCAGUGGAGUGGAUGCCCAGACCUCUGCGCUUGGGUACUUUAUCACCCCGUGUGUGGGAAUCCUUAUCUCCAUUGUCUGCUACCUGGCCCUGUCCCACUUGGAAUUUGCCCGCUACUACCUGGACAAGAAGGCACCCCAUCCGCAGGCCUAUGAGCUGGAGACCAGGGCUGAGCUGCUCCAAGCCGAUGAGAAGAAUGGCUUUCCUGGGAGUCCUCAAAAGGCGAUGCUGGCCCUGGAGCUGGAGGCAGAGAAGGAGCCCAAGCCUGGGAAACCUUCAGUCUUGGUUGUCCUCAGAAAGAUCUGGGUCAUGGCUGUCUGUAUCGUGCUGGUGUUCACAGUAACCUUGUCUGUCUUCCCGGCCAUUACUGCCAUGGUGACCAGCUCCAGGGGCCCCGGAAAGUGGAGCCAAUUCUUUAACCCCAUAUGCUGUUUUCUGCUCUUCAAUACCAUGGACUGGUUGGGAAGAAGUAUGACCUCCUACUUCCUGUGGCCAGACCGGGAUGGCCGCCUGCUGCCGCUCCUGGCCUGCCUGCGGUUCCUGUUUGUUCCCCUCUUCAUGCUGUGCCACGUGCCCGAGCGCUCCCACCUGCCCGUCCUCUUCCCCCAGGACGCCUGCUUCAUCACCUUCAUGCUGCUCUUUGCGCUCUCCAAUGGCUACCUGGUGUCUCUCACCAUGUGCCUGGCACCAAGGCAGGUCCUGCCCCAUGAGAGUGAGGUGGCUGGAGCCCUGAUGACUUUCUUCCUGGCCCUGGGCCUCUCCUGUGGGGCCUCUCUUUCCUUCCUCUUCAAAUCCCUGUUGUGAGACAGCCCCAUUUCCUUCCUCACCCUGCUUGGAUGGGGCUGGGAGCAUUUCAGGGGCUGUGCAGUUUGGGGCUUGGGAGAAUGUUGAGCAGGUGACUGAGGUGACUGAGGAACAAGAAAUCAGGCUGUGAGAACAGGCAGGUGCAUGGAGGUGAGGAGAUCUUGACACCUGUCCUCCACACCUGAAGGAUUCUUGGGAGGGAGCUGCUACCAUCCAGUAGCUUCCCUCUCCUGACCACUAAGAAAGGGGCUAUGACUCGGCAGACUUUUAAUAGGCUGUUAAGGAGGAUGAAAGGCCCCCGGAUUUUCCUGGUCCUGGGCAACCCUUCAGCAGCUCUUAAAAGGAGCUAUUUGGCCACCUGGCUGGUGGUUUAGGUGCUGACCUGUCCUGGAGGCAGGGGGAUGGACCAGAUGACCUCUGGAGGCUCUAGGUUUCUGUUGGGGAACCCUUACCUUGGACGUUGUCAGACAUCCCACUCUAGAUUGCUCUUAGGCUCAAGCCCUGAGGAAAGUUGGGAAUUUCACUGGGGAUCUUUCCUUUGGGAUGAGGCUUUAAAGGGAGCCUGUGGGUAGAGUGGGGAGGAAGGAAUGCCAAGUUUUGCCCUGAAUUCCUUCUUUUCCCGCAGAAGUAUUACUAGUGAGGUCUAUACCAAAGGUGAGCCCAGUCUGCUGCUGUUAUGAGCUGAGUUAAUGAUGGGUGUGGCCACUGCCUCUGGGUGAGAUCUGAGGCCCCACUUCAGGGUUCCAGGGCCUUCUCCAAGAAGUCCUCAUCGCUCCAUUGCUCCUGGGGUUGGGAAAAGCAGGAAAGGGGAGGGGGAACUCAAUUAGCAAGCCUUAUGGGCCUCCUAUGUGCCAGGCCCUGUGUUGGGCCCAGAGCCUGUCCUCAAGGGUCUUCCAUUCUGCAGGGAGAGAGAUAAGAACACACUGGAACAGAGUGCCAGAGACUGGUAGGGAUGAAGCUUUGCCAGUGACUCAGGGAAAAAAGCAGCCUCGAUUGUGCGGAAGCCCUAUCGGGCACCGGCACCUUGGUUACCUUGCUCCUGCUGCUUCCCAGUACACAAGGCUGCCUCCCUGGCUCCGGGACGUGGGGAAGCUUCUGGAAGUCAGAGCCAGGCCUUCUAGUUGGUGCUGUCACAUCUGUCUGGACCAUUUCCCUUUUUCUGCAGGAGGUGCCUUACCUCCUCCAGGCUGUGGUACCUGAGCAGGAGCCCAUCCCAUGCUCCCUUACAUUUGCACAGAGGGCUUGUACCUUCUAUUUUCAAGGCGCUUCUGCUAGCAUCUCAGACCAGUCUCUCCAGAUGCACAGCAAUGAACACUUCUCGGCGAGGCAGGCAUUGUCCCCAUUUGACAGACCAAGAAACUGUAGUUCAGGGUGGAUAUCAGAGAAAAAUGGGGACUCCAGCUUCUUCAGAGCAGCAUUCCAUUCAAUUAGCAUUCAUCAAACACCUAGUAUAUGCAUGAAGGAGACACAAAGCUUAAAGAAAAUGACCCCCUGCAUUCAGGGGUUUUAUGUUUCCGAUGCAGGAAUUAAGACACAAGCACAGAUAACCAAUAUACAUUUAUUAAGUGCCUACUGUGUGCUAGGCACUGUGCGAGGGGCUGAGAACACAAAAAGAAAAAUGACACAGUCUCUCCCUGUCUACUAGGGGAGACAGCACGUUCACAGAUAAUAUAGGAUAUAUGCAAGAUGAAGCUAGUGCUAGUGUGUGAGAGAGGGCCAAAGUGCUGGCUGAACUGAGCAGCUGGGGAUCAGGAAGGACCCUGGACAGCGGCAUUGGAAUGUAAUAGGGAGACAAGGAAGAAUGGCAAGCUGGAUCCAUGCACAUGGAAAAGGACAUAGGAAACCCAUCACACAGUAGGAGCUGGGCUCUUUCCCAUGUGCUUGCAGCUGGGGGUCCACCCAGCCCCUGCCCUCAGGGACCUCACAAUCUAGAAGAAAGGUAGGACCCCCCCCCCCCAUGCCAACAUCUCCCACACGGCAGUGGUUAGGAAGCCCCUGGUGCUUGGUGCUCCACACUGGUGAUUGCAGGUGCACCACCUGCCCUCUAGGGGCAGUACCAGACAUGAAGGAAAAGGCAGAGAGGGGAAGGAGAGGUGGCUCCAUCUAGGGGUCAGUCUGGGAAUGGCGGGCUCAGUCAGCUGGCAGGGAAGGCCAGUUGGGGUGGAGGCCUGGGAGCCGAGGGAGGCUUGCUCCGAGGCCAGGGAAGCCCCUUUCCAGGGUAAUGGAACACACCAAAGGAGGGAGAUUUAGGGGGCUUUUAGUUAUGUCCCUCUCUGGUCCUCAGUUUACCCACAAAUGAGGAAAGGCCGACUCCAUGGCCCUGCGUGAAGGUGGCGUCCAUACCUCAGGCUAGGCUUCCCCCCUUCUCUUCCCCCAGGGAGCCCCAGGUCAGCUACCCCAGCACUUCUGGAGAGAACUGAUGUUCGUCGUGGGGAAUAAACGGUUGGCUUUUUACAAUG